AGAAGCAAAAGCAGAGCAGCGAGAUGGAAAUGCAAGGGAAAGGAGAGGAGGAGGCGAUGACCACUCAGGCGUCAGCGUCCUCUGGAUCACCCGUGCUAUCCCCUCCACGAGCGAAGGAGACGCGCCUGGACGAUACGCCGCCGCCGCUGGCAAGCCUCCAGGAUGACACGGGGCUUGGCGGCCUGACGUUCGACGAUGGUGAUGACGACGACGAUGACUAUGAGGAUGGUGGAGGUGGCGGUGAUUUCGGCGACAAUGCCGCCCACGGAUCGCAGGUGGGAGUGGAUGUGGGAUCGAUGCUGGGAAGUGCCAUGUCUGGAGGCGCACCCAACCUGCGCAAGCGCGUGAGCUCUGUCAACGGCCCUGACGAGUUUGCUGAUGCUGUUGAUGUCUCUCCCAAUGCACAGUUCUAUCAACACCAGGCCCAACAGCAGCAACAGCAGCGGCAGCGGCACGGCCGGGGUAACCGUGGGCGGGAAUCAGACUUUUACAUCACGGUUGAGCCCGCAUCCACAUCGUAUGGCACAGAUGGCAGCGGCAGCAGCAAUCGCUCCUCGGGGCGGUCAGACACACCGUCCUCAGCACAUGCCGCGAACGCGGCAGCCGCCGAGGGCAGUGCAUAUCCGCCGCGAAAGGACCACGAGCGUGUGCCGCUGCUGUCAACGCCAGGCGGCUUGGACUCGGACCCGUCGGUCUCCAAAUCCAACACCGCUGGUGGCGAUGAUGAGCGGCAGGGCUUCUGGCAAACGCUGUACCUCGGCUGCUUGAAGCGUGACCGCAAGGCGCUGUUGUCGCUGCUGCAGUCACUGCUGCUUGUGCUGGUGCUGGUGCUGGCCAUUGUCCCGUUUGCCAUGAUGACGGAGAUUGACGAGAGCGGGCACCUGUACACCGUCAGCGACGGCCAGCAAACACUGAUUGAUUUGUCAUCUUCGCGGACCGUGGUCGACGUAGAGUUUAGAACUGUGGCGAAUGGCACCGGGAACUUGACCGUGACGAUAUGGGACGAGGACGGCGUUGCUGACGACCGAACCGUGAUGCUCUCUGAGAGCAACGGGGUGGACAACAUUGUGCUUCGGUUUGACCUGGCCGCACGUCCGCACCAGCUCGGGCUUGAAGGCACGGGAUCAGGCACCAUCCCCGUCCUCCUCUUCCUCCGAUACUCCCCAGAACUCAUCAAAUACGAGGUCAUAUUCGCGGCGGCCAUUCUCAUCUUUGUGUAUGUCCUCAUCAUCUUUGAGCUCAUCCAUCGCGCACUCGCUGCGAUGCUGGGGUCGUUUAUCGCGCUGGGCGUGCUGUCUGUUCUUGGCAAGCAGCCGCCACUGGAGGUCAUUGUCGGCUGGAUCGACUACGAGACAGUCAUGCUGCUCUUCGGCAUGAUGGUCAUCGUCGGUAUCUUCUCCGACACGGGCGUGUUUGAGUGGGCGGCCGUUAAGGCGUACCGGCUCAGCCGCGGCCACACCUGGCGCCUCCUCACGUACCUGUGCAUCAUCUCCGCCAUUGUGUCUGCGUUUCUGGACAACGUGACGACGAUUCUGCUGCUGACGCCCGUCACCAUCCGCAUCUGCGAGGUGAUUGGUCUCGACCCGGUCCCCGUCCUCCUAGCAGAAGUCUUCUUCUCAAACAUCGGCGGGACUGCGACGGCUGUCGGCGAUCCACCAAACGUCAUCAUUGUCUCGUCCAACUGGGAGACAGACCGGGAGAAGGACAUCCAGUUUGCCGAGUUCACCGGACACAUGUUCCUGGGCAUCAUCUUCGUGUCCGUCGCGUCAUUCUUCUGCCUCAAGUUUAUGUUUCGCAAUGAGCCCCUCGAUAACCCAGACCCGCCACGCGUCGCCGAGCUCAAGCGAGAGAUUGACAUCUGGAAGCGCACGCAGCGAAAACUGCAUGGCACGGAGGACGAGCGGACAGUGGCGCAGCAGCUGCAGACGAAGAUUGAGGAAUGCAACCGGGCAAUGGAGGAUGCGCUUGCAAACGUGCAGCAGACUUGGGAAGAGAAGGUGGCGGAGAUGGAACGACAAAGCCCCAUAAAGAGCCGUGAACUGCUCUGGAACUCAAGCACCGUCCUUGGGAUUGUCAUCAUCCUCUUCUUUGUCCACUCUGUCCCCUCUGUGCACCUCGGCCUUGGCUGGAUCGCAAUCCUUGGCGCCAUCUGCCUGCUGCUGCUGACGGGCGCACACGAUCUGGACGAGCUGCUGGAGCGGAUUGAGUGGGGCACGCUCCUCUUCUUCGCGGCGCUCUUCAUCCUCAUGGAGGCGCUGGCUGAGCUGCGGCUGAUUGACUUUAUCGGAGAGCAGACGUCGCUGCUGAUUGAACAGCUACCGGCCGACUCGCGCCUUGCCGUGUCCAUCAUCCUCGUCCUCUGGAUCUCCGCCCUCGCGUCGUCCUUCAUCGACAACAUCCCCUUCACCACUGCAAUGAUUCCCGUGAUCAAGAGCAUUGCGGCGGACGAGAAGAUUGACCUGCCCCUGCGCCCGCUCGUGUGGGCGCUUGCCUUUGGCGCGUGUCUUGGUGGCAACGGCACCCUCAUUGGCGCGUCAGCCAACGUUGUUUGUGCCGGUCUGGCAGAACGGGUG